AUGGAAGAACCACCGGACGUCAUCAUCACACCCUGCGAUCCCUGGCCGCGGCCCUACUACCUCGAGGGCGGUUUGCGACGAGUUGCGCCCUACCACUACACAUACAACACCUGGUGCAAGCAACGAUGGCGAGGCCGCGAAAUUCUCGAGAUUUUCGCCGACGAGUUUCGCGAUCGCCCUGUCGAGUACUAUACGAACGCUGUCGCAACAGGUGCUGUGCUUAUCAACGGUAAGCCUGCGACAGGUGCCGACCACAGAGUCAAGAACGGCGACCUUGUUUCACAUACCCUCCACCGCCACGAACCCCCCGUCACCCAGCAAAACAUUGGCAUCGUCCACGAGGAUGAGGAUAUGAUUGUUAUCAACAAGCCCGCGGGCAUUCCGGUGCACCCCUCGGGUCGCUACAACUACAACAGUGUGACUGAGGUCAUGCGCGCAGAGCGCGGCCAGGGCUUCAACCCUAUGCCCUGCAACCGCCUCGAUCGUCUGACCAGCGGUGUCAUGUUCAUCGCCAAGCACCGUAAGGCCGCCGACGAACUCACUGAGCAAAUCAUGGCCCGCACCGUCAAGAAAGAAUACGUCGCUCGCGUCAAGGGCGAGUUUCCAGAAGGAGAAAUCAUCUGUGAGCAGCCCAUCAUGCAAAUCAGCCCUAAGCUUGGUCUCAAUCGUGUACGAGCCGAUGGCAAAGAUGCAAGAACCGUCUUCAAGAGACUGGCAUACUACCCUGGAGCAGGGGACGAGGCCACUGAGAAGGGCGAGGUCACUCCUGGGAUGGAGUGGAAGCAAAAGGAGGGAUACUCAAUCGUGCGCUGUCGGCCCUUGACAGGACGCACGCAUCAACUGCGUGUACAUCUCCAAUACCUAGGUCACCCCAUCGCCAACGACCCCAUUUACGCCAACCAACGCGUGUGGGGUCUCAACUUGGGCAAGGGUGAGUCAAAGGCCGACAACGACGAGGACAUCAUGUCGCGUCUAGCACGCAUGGGCAAAGACGAAACAGCCGAUGCAGUCGCCUACCACGACGAAAUGAUGGAGCGCUACAACAAGACCAAGGGCGAGAAACUCAGCGGCGAGACAUGCGAGCUCUGUGGCACAGAACUGUACAGCGAUCCAUCGCAGCACGAACUCGGCAUUUACCUGCAUGCUCGCAAGUAUGCUGCUGGAGACGGCAGGUGGUCGUACGAAACGCAACUGCCUGAAUGGGCUCUGCCGCCCGCCGGUUACAGUGGCCCCACGGAAUCAACAGAAGAGUCAGAUCCUUUGGCCAUUGAUCUCAGUAAGCUGGGACUUGCGGUAGAAGGCUCAGAGACAAAGUGA